GCAAGAAGAGAGAUAGAAACCUAUAGCCCUCCCAGAGAGAGAGAGAGAGAGAGAGAGAGAGAGAGAGAGAGAGAGAGAGGGAGGGAGAUUUGGUCUUGGAUAGGAGUGGAGAGAGUGGAGGCGACGGGUGGAGUGAGAGAGGAUUGGCACUUGCAGCCUCCAGAUUCUGAAUCUCCUGCGAUCCGUCUCGUCGUUGGAGUUUCAGGCUGGUGAUUAUGGAGUCAGUAAACCAUUUGCAAGCGAUGAACUCUCAGAGUCUUCUUGCGAUGGAGCAAAUCGCUGCUUCCGACAAAACAGCACAUGUCUCUGCACUUUCAGUUCAUAAGCUGUUCGAUGCUAAAUUGGAUCACCACAGCUUGAUGGAUGGCACCUCGGCAUCCACGAGUCAGUCAUCAAACAUCAAGACCGAGUUGAUCCGAUCAUCAAGCUUGUCAAGGAGCCUAUCAGUUAACCUUCAGAAAAGAAGCCCUGAAUCUGAUCCUGAAAGCCCACAGUCUCACGUCUCACAUCCUAAAUUUUCAGAACCCAUGUUCUCAAAUUCUUCGACAUUCUGCACAAGCUUGUUUUCGUCAUCUUCGACAAAAACAGAACCAUGCCAUCAAAUGGGCACUUUGCCUUUCCUGCCUCACCCCCCUAAGUGUGAGCAACAAGUUUCAGCUGGGCAGUCAUCAAGCUCCUCUCUGCUGUUAAGUGGUGAUACUGGCAAUGGUUUAGAUGAAGCUGAACAGUCAGAUGAUCUGAAAGACUUCCUCGAUCUUUCUGGAGAUGCUUCUGAUGGCAGCUUCCAAGAAAACAAUGCCUUGGCUUAUGAUGAACAGAUGGAAUUUCAGUUCCUGUCUGAGCAGCUAGGAAUUGCCAUCACUGACAAUGAAAAGAGUCCUCAUUUAGAUGACAUAUAUGGCACACCACCACAGCUGUCAUCACUUCCAAUAUCAUCUUGCUCCACUCAGAGUAUACAGGAUCUAGGAUCACCAGUUAAAGUCCAGCUUAGCUCAUCUCAGUCAUCUUCUAGCUCUGCAACAACUAACAAGUCAAGGUUGAGGUGGACACUUGAGCUUCAUGAGCGUUUUCUGGAGGCUGUAAAAAAGCUUGAAGGACCUGAAAAAGCAACUCCUAAGGGUGUGCUGAAACUAAUGAAGGUAGAAGGUCUAACCAUUUAUCAUGUGAAGAGCCAUCUGCAGAAGUAUCGGCUUGCGAAAUAUCUUCCUGGGCCUAAAGAAGAUAAGAAGGCUUCUUCGGAGGAUAAAAAGGCACAAACAGGAAAGAGCGGCAGUGAUUCAAGCAAAAACAAGAAUUUACAAGUGGCAGAAGCUCUAAGGAUGCAAAUCGAGGUUCAGAAACAGCUUCAUGAACAAUUAGAGGUGCAAAGGCAGUUGCAGCUACGGAUAGAGGAACAUGCAAGAUACUUGCAGAAAAUACUGGAAGAGCAGAAGGCCGGCAGUUUGUCACUAAAAGCUCCAACCAAGGCACAAGCGACAGAGUCACCUGAAUCGACAUUAGAUGAGGUAAGCACCACUCCGCAGCCAUCCAGGAACAGAAAUCCAGUUGUAGACACAGAAUGCAAGUCGCCUGUAGACACAGAAUGCAAGUCGCCGGCAAGGCCAUCCAAGAACAGAAUCCCAGUUGUAGACACAGAAUGCAAAUCGCCGGCAAGGAUCAAGAGAACAAAAGUUCAGGUUGAUCUCGAGAACGAGACCCUGUGUUCAUAGCUGUGCGGAACGUUUGCACUCGCGUUUUACUUCAGGGGCUAUUUGCUACCUGUUUGUAACUUGAACAACCAUAGCAUGUCUAGUUUUCUGUUGAUACCUUGCAUGAACUGGACUUCAGAUCUUAGCCAUUGUAUUAUAUUGUUCGACUUUGGAAUGGAAUGGAAAUUAGGGAUUAUGUUUGA